AUGCCCCUUCUAGGCCACUUCCUGCAGAAGCGCUUCCGGGGUGAGGAGGUGAAACUCAUCAAGAAGAUGAGCGACACCUGUCUGACCGCCCUGGGCUGGCUUGCUCGGCGCUCGUCGGAUGAUGAAAGCGGCCAGGAUGAAUCCUUAGAUUCCAAGACUUCUUUGCCAUCAGAUGAGCCGGUAAAGGACCACAGCACAGCAGGCAGAGUAGUCGCUGGUCAGAUAUUUCUUGAUUCAGAAGAGUCAGAAUUAGAAUCACCUAUUCAGGAGGAGGAAGACAGCCUCAGGAGCCAAGAAGGGGAAAGUGGCACCGAGGAAAUCAGCUUUCUAGAAUCUUCAAAUCCAGAAAACAAAGAUUAUGAAGAACCAACGAAAGUACGGAAACCAGCUUUGACCGCCAUUGAAGGCACAGCACAUGGAGAGCCCUGCCACUUCCCUUUUCUUUUCCUGGAUAAGGAAUAUGAUGAGUGUACGUCAGAUGGGAGGGAAGAUGGCAGACUGUGGUGUGCUACAACCUAUGACUACAAGGCAGAUGAAAAGUGGGGCUUUUGUGAAACUGAAGAAGAGGCCACUAAAAGACGGCAAAUGCAGGAAGCAGAAGUGAUGUACCAGACUGGGAUGAAAAUCCUCAAUGGAAGCAAUAAGAAAAGCCAAAAAAGAGAAGCAUAUCGGUAUCUUCAAAAGGCAGCAAGCAUGAACCAUACCAAGGCCCUGGAGAGAGUGUCAUAUGCUCUUUUGUUUGGUGAUUACCUGACACAGAACCUUCAGACAGCUAAAGAGAUGUUUGAGAAGCUGACUGAGGAAGGCUCUCCCAAGGGGCAGACUGCUCUUGGCUUUCUCUACGCCUCUGGACUUGGUGUUAAUUCAAGUCAGGCAAAGGCCCUUGUUUAUUAUACUUUUGGAGCUCUUGGGGGCAACCUAAUAGCCCACAUGAUUUUGGGCUACCGCUACUGGGCUGGCAUCGGGGUCCUCCAGAGUUGUGAAUCCGCACUGACUCAUUACCGUCUUGUGGCCAACCAUGUUGCUAGUGAUAUCUCGCUGACAGGAGGCUCAGUAGUGCAGAGAAUACGGCUGCCAGAUGAGGUGGAAAAUCCAGGAAUGAACAGUGGAAUGCUAGAAGAAGAUUUGAUUCAGUAUUACCAGUUCCUAGCUGAAAAGGGUGAUGUACAAGCACAGGUCGGUCUGGGACAACUGCACCUGCACGGAGGGCGUGGAGUAGAACAGAACCAUCAGAGAGCGUUUGACUACUUCAAUUUAGCAGCGAAUGCUGGCAACUCACAUGCGAUGGCCUUCUUGGGAAAGAUGUACUCAGAGGGAAGUGAUAUUGUGCCUCAGAGUAAUGAGACAGCCCUUCACUACUUUAAGAAAGCUGCUGACAUGGGCAACCCAGUUGGACAGAGUGGGCUUGGAAUGGCUUACCUCUACGGGAGAGGAGUUCAAGUUAAUUAUGAUCUGGCACUGAAGUAUUUCCAGAAAGCUGCUGAGCAAGGCUGGGUGGAUGGGCAACUACAGCUUGGCUCCAUGUACUAUAAUGGCAUUGGAGUCAAGAGGGAUUAUAAACAGGCCUUGAAGUAUUUUAACUUAGCUUCUCAGGGAGGCCAUAUCCUGGCUUUCUAUAACCUAGCACAGAUGCACGCCAGCGGCACAGGUGUGAUGCGAUCCUGCCACAAUGCAGUGGAGCUGUUUAAGAAUGUGUGUGAACGGGGCCGCUGGUCCGAGAGGCUUAUGACUGCUUAUAACAGCUAUAAAGACGGCGAUUACAACGCCGCCGUGAUCCAGUACCUCCUGCUGGCCGAACAGGGCUAUGAAGUGGCACAGAGCAACGCUGCCUUCAUCCUUGACCAGAGAGAAGCCACCAUUGUAGGUGAGAAUGAAACCUACCCCAGAGCUUUGCUCCACUGGAACAGGGCUGCCUCGCAAGGCUAUACUGUGGCUAGAAUUAAGCUUGGAGACUACCAUUUCUAUGGAUUUGGCACCGAUGUGGAUUACGAGACUGCAUUUAUUCAUUAUCGUCUAGCAUCUGAGCAGCAACACAGCGCACAGGCUAUGUUUAAUCUGGGAUAUAUGCAUGAGAAAGGACUAGGCAUUAAACAGGAUAUUCACCUUGCAAAGCGUUUUUAUGACAUGGCAGCUGAAGCCAGCCCAGAUGCACAAGUACCAGUCUUCCUAGCGCUCUGCAAAUUGGGCGUCGUCUAUUUCUUGCAGUACAUACGGGAAACAAAUAUUCGAGAUGUAUUUACCCAAGUUGAUAUGGACCAGCUUUUGGGACCUGAGUGGGACCUUUACCUCAUGACUAUCAUCGCGUUGCUGCUGGGAACAGUCAUAGCUUACAGGCAGAGGCAGCACCAAGACAUGCCCGGCCCCAGGCCCCCCGGGCCACGGCCAGCACCACCACAGCAGGAGGCGCCACCGGAGCAGCAGCCGCCACAGUAAUGGCUGCGCCCAGCCUUGAUCAAUGACAACUGAGGGAAUCCUUUGCAGAGAACACCUGCGUUUGAUCUGGGACUCUGGCUCCGUGGCCACCUCCUGGAAGAGGCACAAGGAAGCAUUGAAUUCCUACAGCUGCUUAGAAUCUGAUGCCUUUAUUUUCAGGGAUAAGUAACUCUUACCUAAACUGAGUUGAAUUUCAGUGCCGUUUGGAAUAACAACUCUCAGUGGCUUUCCUUUUUUUGGUUUGUUCUGGAAACAUACGUGAGACCCUCAAAGUAAUGUCUACUGUAUCCAGCUCUCUUGGGUCCUUUUGGUCAUUCUCUCAAUGUGCAUAAGUUCUCCGAUCAACCAUCUUCAAGGUCUUAUGCAUCGACACUAAAAACUGAUGUGUGAAAAGGAAAACCCAGUUACUCGCAAGUUUAACCUUAAUAUAUUUGAAAGUCUGGAAAUAGAACUUGCCUUUAACGUAAAAAAAAAAAAAGGCUUCAAAGUGUUUCAGAAUGGCCAUAGCAGAAACUUCUGCCAAUCCACAUGCAAGUACCACGUAUUCAGCACAUUUGUUACUUUAUAAAAGGGAAGGAAGGGAGGUUUCUGACUGCUGGUGAUUGUCAUAUUUUAUACCACACUUCUCUCCUUCAGAGACUGAAAGGCCUUGUUAGCGUUAUGUGUGAAUUUCAUUUCUUUGGAAUGGAAUAUCUAUAAAACAUUGUGAACUGAUUCCUUGAGCUAACACAUGCGUUUGCCCCACCUACUUAAUGUAAUUUGCUUGUUUUAAGUACGCAGAGCCUUGAUCUGGAAGCCAGAGGAUGGACUAAGUGGGAGAAAUUAGAAAGCAAUAUUAUAGAACCCUGCAUGGGGUGCUAAGACCAUAGACAUCCUUCCCCGAAAGUUGACCCAAUAGUUCCCAGGGCUUAUUUAGUUUGCAUUUCUUAUUGCAAAGGAACAGGUCACCCUCCUGAAUUCUCUUAAGUAUAAAAUACUGCAAAGGUACGGCAUAUGUUGACUACCAUGAUAAUACUAAGGCUGAGACAGGAUCUAGGGUGCAUGAAACUCAGUGGUCGAGGACAGCCAAAGCCUGUUCACACUGUUCAGGUGGAUUUUCACUUUUGCCGUUUUAUGUGACAGUGGAAAAUGAGCCACAUGCUCAGCUGUCAUAUUCAUCACCCUCCCACUGUGAACACUAGGAAAAGAAGGCUAUUCCACUCGAGAAUUGUCUGAUUAAAUUGUAUAGGAAACAACAGUGAAGAAAGCUUGCAAACUUCACAUAUCUUGCAAAUGAAAAAAUUAAACAGUUUGUAUUUCUUUC